CGGGCGGGCCUCCCCUCCACGCCCCCGCCGCCCGCGCCCCGCGCCCGCCCGCCGCCCGAGCCCGGGGACCGGGAGGAAGGCGAGAGCAGCUGGAGUCGGGGGGCCGCCGAAGAUGGGGAACACUACCUCGUGCUGCGUGUCGUCCAGCCCCAAGCUCCGGAGGAAUGCCCACUCCCGGCUGGAGUCCUACCGGCCUGACACGGACCUAAGCCGCGAGGACACGGGCUGCAACCUGCAGCACAUCAGCGACCGGGAGAACAUCGACGAUUUGAACAUGGAAUUCAAUCCUUCAGAUCAUCCUCGGGCCAGCACAAUAUUCCUCAGUAAAUCUCAGACAGACGUGAGAGAAAAACGCAAGAGUCUCUUCAUUAACCAUCAUCCUCCAGGACAAACAGCAAGGAAAUACAGCUCCUGCUCCACUAUUUUCCUAGAUGAUAGCACAGUCAGUCAGCCAAACCUCAAGUAUACAAUUAAAUGUGUAGCUCUUGCAAUAUAUUAUCACAUCAAAAACAGGGACCCAGAUGGAAGGAUGCUCUUAGAUAUUUUUGACGAAAACCUUCACCCUCUUUCGAAAUCCGAAGUGCCACCAGAUUAUGACAAACACAACCCAGAGCAGAAGCAGAUUUACCGGUUUGUUCGGACAUUGUUCAGUGCUGCUCAGCUGACGGCUGAAUGUGCCAUUGUCACCCUGGUAUACCUUGAAAGACUGUUAACAUAUGCAGAGAUAGACAUCUGUCCGGCCAACUGGAAGCGCAUCGUGUUAGGGGCGAUUUUGCUGGCCUCCAAGGUGUGGGACGACCAGGCCGUGUGGAAUGUGGAUUACUGCCAGAUCCUGAAGGACAUCACGGUGGAGGACAUGAACGAGCUAGAGCGACAGUUCCUCGAAUUGCUCCAGUUCAACAUCAACGUUCCCUCCAGUGUCUAUGCCAAGUAUUAUUUUGAUCUCCGUUCUCUGGCAGAAGCAAACAACCUGAGCUUCCCCUUGGAGCCCCUGAGCAGGGAGAGGGCGCACAAGCUUGAGGCCAUCUCUCGCCUCUGCGAGGACAAGUACAAGGACCUGAGGAGAUCCACGAGGAAGCGCUCGGCCAGUGCUGACAACCUGACCCUGCCCCGGUGGUCCCCGGCCAUCAUCUCCUAACGCGGAGGCCCCCCUGGAGGCCACAGCCCCGCGGUUUCUCCUUUAGUUUAAGAAAAGACAGACUUGGGGUGGGUUUGUUUUUGUUUUUUCCUUUCCUUUCCUUUUUAAACUCAUAGCUCCGCCGGGCUGCCUCCACGACCGCCUCCGCACGGCCGCGAGGGACGCCAGUCAGUAUUCCGGGACCGCCGCGCCGUCUCGCGCCUCCCUCGGGAGGGAAGGACUCCGACCCAGGGGGGGAGCAGGGGCGGGGAGUCGCGGCCGGGCGGGGACGGGCCACCUGGCCCGGCCGUCCCGGUGCCCCUCCCGGUCAGUAGAGGAGCGCGACGGACACAGCGUAGGUGACAGAGUUGGACGUGCAUUAAAGACAGUGCUGCCUUCCCACCCGGGUCAGUGUGUUCUGUGAGACUUCUUGCAUUCCUUCCUGCUGCUUUUUUGGGAUUCGGGGGAUUUUUGUUGGUUGGUUUUUCUCCUGUUUUGGUCCCACAGAGCAGAGAACAUAGUGUGUACCCACCACAGCACAGACAUGCAAAUACAUAGUCGUGGUCGUUCCUCGCUGCGCCAUCUCGCGAGCCGUCGUCUGAGCUUUCUUCCUCCCCGGUGGGAUGUGCUUGUCGGGGCUCCGUACUCCUUUAUUUUAUAAAGUGUUCCUUCAACACUGGCAGGAUUCACUUGACUGUAGUGCUGAACCAAAAGUAUCCGCUCCCCCUUACUCCUCACCCCGAGAAAAUUCUAGAUUACAUGGGUGCUUGUGCCUUCCGAUUUUCUUGCUGUUUUGGGGUUUUUUGUUGUUGUUGUUUUUCUCCCCUUUCUCUGAGCUGAAGUUAUAGUUACAAACUCAGACUUUGUGGGCUGAAGGAAACAAGGUGUGGCAAAGGGUCCUCCGCCCGGUUGGGAAUUUUUCCAGAGUGCUGGGUGUUUGCCUGAAGUUAUCUAUUGAGUAGGAGCCAUUUGUUUGUACUCCCUGCCUAAUUCAUUCCUCUACUUCCAAUGUCCAUUGUUGCAAGCAAUAUUCUUCUCAAUUUUUAUAUGUUUACUUUAAAUCAAAGUUAGUCUAUUUGUAUAAAAUUUUUUAAAAAUCUAAAAUUACAAAAAAAAAAAAACAAAAAACCAAGGGUGGGUGGGUAUUCUCGUGGGAAGAUCAUUCAAGGGAAAAAUGUUACUAUUUACUGAGGUAUUUUUCACAGAAUGAUUGAAUAAAAAAAAUUCAACUUGCAUUUUCAUUGUGGGUGCUUAGAGAAGUUCUAAAAAAUUCAAACUGUGAAGGUUUCUGCUUCAUUAGUUAUGACCAUACUUUUUCAUUCUGACUCUUCCUGAUUUCCUUAUGGGCUAGAUAAGAAUCUUUGACAUCAAGCAAAAUAAAAGGGUUAACGAUAGAAUAUCAAAUAGUAAAUUUGAUGUUAAGUCUUGAGAAUCUGAGUCACUUGCACAUACAAUGCUUUGGGUUUUUGCGUAUUUUCUUAGGUCACAGUGACAGAGGUUUCUGAGUGUUUUCCUUUUUCAAAUCUCUGAGGUGAACGGCAGAAUUGAUCUGUGUUUCACCUUCCUCCCGUGUGAGCUUGGAACACUUUGGAAUCUUAUCUUAAAUGAGUCUUGAGAACCCUAAAAUCAUGCACUUGGUCCCCAGACUUGCUUGCUCUUGAUGAACCACACUUUGGAAACGGAAGGGACUCAGAAUGUCAAAAUCCCAAGAGCAUCAAGCCAAAAGUGUUAGGUUUCAGUGAAAUUGGUGUCAUAUAUAAACAUGAUUGUUUGGGACAGAAAUGUCACCACAUUCUUUCUGGCCUAAACUUUCCCAAGCAAACAAGCAGAAUAUCAAAAGUUAAUUAUCUUUCCAUUGUAAUUGUGUUGAUACACUCUGUAUGAGUACCAAAAUCAGCUUCUCCCUUCAAGAGUUGAAUUUAGAACUUUAAAUACAAAUCUAAAAAUGUAGAAAAUAUCAUUUUAUAUUUCCCUAAUCUAUAUAGCUUAAAAAGGGACAUAUUUUCUUAGCUGAAUAUGAAUACCUCUUAAACAUAAAUUAGUUCCUCUCAUGUAAAUUAUCUUAUUUUACUGAUCCAUUUCAGGAAAGAGGUUCUGCUGCCUUUAUAGCAGAAAUCUUAUUUUUAUCCCUUUUAUUUGAAUGAGAGAUUUGAAAAUUGAAUUAUGUAAAUAUUUCAAUGCAUCUGCUAUUAUUUUGUGGAGUUUAUUAAACUACUUUAAAAAAUUGUAUAGUCUAUUUAUUGUAUGUAUGUACAUACAGUCUGAUACCUAAAAUUUAAAGUGGAUUCCGUAAAACCUGACUCAUUCUUGUUUAGACUUAUUGAAUAUUGUUUUAGCCUUGUGCACUGGACUCUACCUCUGUAUAGGAAAAUUUUCCAUAUUCAUUACUUAGUAUUGAUCUGUAUUAAUUGGUUAUGUUUCUUGCACUAAGAAUUUUUAAAACUCUGCUGUAAGUGUAGAUUUUAGUUUUACUUUGGCAGUAUGAAUCACUUGACACGUAGGUAGAUACUUUAGGUUCAUUUCAUUUUAUUUUUCUACAUGACGACGAAUAGUUACGUUUGUUCUCUGAUUUGUUCUAAGUUUGCCAAAACAAAACACAAAACCAGUUCAGUACCUAUUGAUAAAUUGUAGUGACUGUAAUUUGUUUGCAAGGUGAUUCAAUGCCCUACUAUUAAAGCUGGACUGCUGUUUAGGA